AUGACUCGGAAAUCGAGUCCGCUGAUCUAUAACGACUAUUUACACACAUGCGCCCAGUCCCUCGCUACCGCUAAGGAAAAACCGUCAGACCUAGAACUUGUCUUCAAUCUCGAGGUCACUCAUGAGGCUGAGAAAGCAUAUACCUUCUUCAACUACACCGACGUCGGGCAGGCUCAGUUCAUGCGUGAUCAGCAAAUACAGGUCUACCUCAAUGCAUUCUCUGUCAAAGUGCAGGAGUGGCGACUCCGCUUCCCAUCUUCCCUUACGCAAGAUCGUUAG